AUUUGAACAGAACAACCCCGUUACGCUCUUAUUUUGAAAGCCGCUAUGACGCUGCUGUGACUGCUUCCGCCGUCUUGUUUACACGUGGAUAAUGGAGCCGAGCACAACAGGACUCUAAUGAGGACUUAAUCAGCAGGUUCACGGAAACAAAGAUGAGAGGAAAACAGAAGCAGCUGGUGAAGAAGAAAAACAUGGCGAGCGGCAGCAAUGAUGAAGACUCUGAUGUGGAGAAGAACUUUGUCCUGUUCACUGAGCGAGGAGGAGGAAGGACUGAGGAGGAAGAGCAGCAUCCUGGAGGAGAGGAGGGGUCUGGUGAUGAAGAGGAGGACGGAUCCGAUAGCGGGGAUGAGGAAGAGUCUGAGGAGGGAGGUGAAGAGGAUGAGGAGGAAGGAGAUGAAGAGGAGGACGGGGAUGAAGAGGAGGAGGAUGAAGACCCUGAAGAUGUUGGUGGCAGCAGUGAGAUCCAGACAAAAGAAGACAUCAGAAAAGAACUGUCUAACAUGUCCUUUGAAGACAUCAUGAAGCUGCAGAACAAGGUGGGAACCAAAGUUUACAACCAGGUCGCUUACGGCAGCGACAGGAGUCGACAAACCAGCAAGAAGAAACGACUGAACAAGAACCGUCUUUGUGUUUGUGCUGUCAGGCCCGUGGAGAUGUCGGCUAAGAAACCGGCUCCGUUCCUGCGUCAGGUCGUCCCUGUCAGGAAACUGACGCUGAGGGAUCCUCGAUUUGACGACCUGUCUGGAGAAUACAAACCUGAGAUCUUCGAGAAGACCUACAAGUUCAUUGAUGACAUCAGACACAGAGAGAAAGAGAUCAUCAAGAAGCAGCUGAAGAAGACGAAGAAGAACAACAGCAGGAAGGAGAAGCUGCAGUUCCUUCUCAAGAGAAUGGAGAACCAGGAGCGAGCGAGGAAGAGCCGAGAGCAGCAGAGAGAGAGAGAGCUGCAGUUCAAGAGGGAGCAGAGAGAACGAGCCAAUCAGGGAGCUCGGCCGUUCUUCCUCAAGAAAUCCGAGAAGAAGAAGCUGCAGCUGGCUGAGAAAUACCAGGAACUGAAGAAGAGCGGCAAACUGGAGAACUUCCUGAGCAAGAAGAGGAAGAGGAACGCCGGCAAGGACCGCAGGAAGCUGCCCAGACAGCUGCAGAACAAGAAGACCGUCUGAGACGUCCAGAAGAAGUCAACAGGAGAAGAACCUGCUGAGAGACGACAGAAGAAAACUCCUCAUCCUUCAGUCUGUUAGAAACCAAACCACCUGGAAUGAAGUGAGUCAGCCUGAUGGAGCUGGUUUCACUUCAAAGUUCUUCUAGGAUCUUCUACUGAUGAGUCUCUUCGGUGCAUUCAAGGAUUCAAGGACAGUAUCCUGGUGUUUGAGCUUCAUAGUCCAGGUGGAGGAUCUUGGCGGCUUCAAAGUCAAAGUGUCAUCAAGGAGUCCUUCAGUUGUCACCACAUCCUCAAGAAGAUGUUUUUUUUCAUAAUUAAACCCAGGAGACAAACAAGAACCAAACAUGGAUUCUGUAAAAACGGUGAAUGUGUUUUGAGCUGCCAGAUGUUGGAGAGUCCAUGAACAGUCUAAACGGUCUCUACUGUGAACGGCUGGAUGGUCUGAAGACAAAGUGUUUUGAAACUGUCAACUGUCUGGAUAAAGAAAGUCAGUCUAAAAGCUGAGAAAGUUCUUGUAUAAAACAUUUUCUGAGCUUGUUGAGGUCAGAGCUGGACAAAAGUUGUGUUGCAGGAAUGUCAUCGUCACCUUUGAAGAUGUUUAAGUUGUUCACUUCUACCAAAUACUGUGUUUUCUUUAAUAAAAGUUUUUUAGUCAGCGCUCCAUGGAAGCUCAACAGGUGGAGCAGUCGACCCAUAAA